AUGGCAGACGCGAUGGCGGCGGGCGGCCCGCGGCGCUGCCGGCGGCUGGAGGGCGAGGCGGCGCGGGCCGUGCUCGCCAACGCCGACACGCUGCUCUUCGACUGCGACGGCGUCCUGUGGCGGGGCGAGGCGGCCGUGAGCGGCGCGGCGGAGGCGCUGGGCCGGCUGGCGGCGGCGGGCAAGCGGCUGUGCUACGUGACCAACAACAGCGGGCGGACGCGCGCGGCCUACACCGAGAAGCUGCGGCGCCUCGGCUUCCCGCCCGCCGAGCCCCGGCACAUCUUCAGCUCGGCCUUCUGCGCCGCCCGCUACCUGCGGCAGGCGCUGCCGCCCGGUGCCGCCGCCUACGUGCUGGGCAGCCCCGCGCUCGCCGCCGAGCUGGAGGCCGUGGGCAUCCCGCACCUCGGGCCCGGGCCCGCCGCCCUGCCCGGGCCCGCGCCCGCCGACUGGGUGCAGGCGCCGCUCGACCCCGCCGUGCGCGCCGUGCUCGUGGGCUUCGACGAGCACUUCAGCUACGCCAAGCUGUGCCAGGCGCUGCGGUACCUGCUGCGCGCCGGUACCGACUGCCUCCUCGUCGGUACCAACCGCGACCACCGGCUGCCGCUCGAGGGCGGCGCCGGCAUCCCCGGGACGGGAUGCCUGGUGAAGGCCGUGGAGACGGCGGCGCAGCGCGAGGCCUUCAUCGUGGGCAAGCCCAACCGCUUCAUGUUCGACUGCGUGGCCGGCGAGUUCGAGGUGGACCCCGCGCGCACCAUCAUGGUGGGGGACCGGCUGGACACGGACAUCCUGAUGGGCAACGACUGCGGCCUCACCACGCUGCUCACCCUCACCGGGGUCACGGCGCUGGACGAGGUGCGGGGCCACCAGGACAGCGGCUGUCCUGCCAGGCACAGCCUGGUCCCUGACUACUACGUUGACAGCAUCGCCGACCUGCUCCCGGCUCUGGGGGAGUAACGGGCCCGAGCGGCGGCCCCGGCCAUCGGCCCGCGGCAGUAGCGUACGCACUAGAUGCUCCCCGGAGUUAGAACCCUUAGCUUGUCUCCUCUCUGUCCUCUCGGUAUGGUUCUGUUUACAUCUCACUCUGAAAUGCACUUUGGAACAAAGGGGGCAUUACGGUGCUGCCCGGGGCUGGGGUUUGGGGCUGGGUUUAAUUACAAGUGCUUGGAUGCAAUGUUUGUGGGGCUCCACGGCGCAGCGUCCUCCGGGCUGAGCUGGGGAAGUGGAGCUGGUGGAUCUGAGGGGAAGGAUCAUGUCCCGGCCAGGCUGGGCCACGGCUCAGCCAGGUUUGUUCAGGGACUCUUGGGACGUGCAGUAUCUCUGGUUGUGUUUAGAAACACUUUGUGGAGCUGGUGUUUGCCCUUGGGGUUUUUCCUUUUCCCAGACUGGGGCCAUGUUCAGGGACACAGCCCCACGUCAGGUCACACAAAUUCAUCUCCUUCAUUUGACCACUGCACAUUGGCACUUGUGAUGCAGAGUGGGAUGAUCCCACAUAAUUCCAGACCUUGGCUGCUGCACAGUGUCUGUCCAAGGUUUGUAAAGUGUGUGUAAAGUGCAUGUACACACAGGCAUUCCCCGAGCAUAAAGAUAGAGCAGAAUAUAUUUAAAUUAUAAAUAGAGUCUAUGAUAAUAUAUCUUGUUUCCCAGGAGGGAGGAUGAGAGGAAUGUACUUCAUUGAUUUAAUUCUAAACGGUUGCAUUUGGUAAUGCAGAGAGUCUGUAGCCACACAGGACUGUCCUUCAUUCCUGCUGCUUCCCAGAAAUCCCUGGAUUAAUCCAUACCAAGCUCCUACUCUUCCCUCAGCUUCAGCGAGCCACUUGCCUUGGCUUUAGCUGCACAGUCCCGAUUCCUGCUCAGUCCAUGGAUGGAUGUAGUGCCCAGGACAGUUGUUGGGUCCUGGCUGUGUGUGACAAUAGCUCGUGCUUCCUUCCCAUCCCUGAGGUUCAGAUCUUCCACGUGUGCCGGCGGGGGCCAGGCACGGUGGGUGGUGAGGAGGAGUGCUGGCUUGCUCAGGGAUGAUUCCAUUUGAUCUCCAGGUGGGAUUGGGCAAUGAGGGGCUCACCACAGGGUGGUUUUUGUGCUGCCCAAAUCCCACAGUGAGAGCUUUUGCAUUACAGAAGUAAUUGAAAAUUAUAUAUGCAAAUAACACGCUUUUAUUUCAUAGAUUCCAGUAUCUACAGUUCAAUUUAAGCACUGGUUUUCCUUCCUGUCCAGCUGAGGAGCUCGGGCAGUGCUGAUGCCAUUUCCUGCCUGGUAACUCGUCACCUUGUUUGUACAGCAAUAACCCUGCAGUGCAGAGGGUCUGGCUGAACCUCUGAAAGGCUGUUUGUUUGUAAUUUGGAGUUGUGGAAGGAAUGUGGAUAAUCUUUUCCCUGUUCCUGUCUCCAGAGGAAGGACUGCAGAGUCCCAGGGGCAGAACUUGCCCUUGAUCUGGGUAACAUGGAGAUGGACGUGAUGGACUCGCUGCAGGUCGUGUCAUGUAACAGUGCGGGUUUGGAUUCAGUCUCUGGUGCUUUUUGUGUCAGGAUGUGUCAGGAAAAGGCCAGAAGAGAGAGUCCAGCAUCCCUCAGGGAGCUCUGUCCCUGCUGAGGGCUCUCGCUGCCAGGGGAGCCAUUGCCUGGGCUCAGGGAUGCUGGAAUGUGCUGGUGGCAGUGUCAGUCGUGCUUCAAAACUCUGUUCUGACUUCCAAACAGUUCUUAAUCCUCUACUUGAAUUCCCAUUAAACUCUCAAACCUGC